AUGUUCAUUCAGACGGCGCUUCUCCUCGCUGGGGUCUGUGCUUCUAGCAUGCUAGACACCGCGGCAGCUCUAACCAAGGGCCACGAUCUGUCCUCGGUCAGUCUUAUGGAGACCAGCCAAGGCGCCAACUGGAUCUCCACCUCUGGUAGCACGACGUCUAUCGAGUCCAUCCUUGGCGCUGGUGGCAUGGACACAGUGCGUCUCCGCCUUUGGACGGGCGGCGAAUAUGAUCUGGACUAUACCCUGGCACUAGCUCAGCGUUUCUCGAAAGCGGGCUAUAAAAUCUUUCUGGACAUGCACUUCUCCGAUACUUGGGCAGACCCAACGAAGCAGGCUGUCCCUUCAUCAUGGGACGACUCGUCGGUCACGGCUUUGGCUGCUGAUCUGCAAGCAUACGUAACGUCGACCUUAAAGUCUUUCACUGUCGGGGGUGUCAAACUUGAGAUCCUUUCACUAGGUAACGAAAUCACCAAUGGGUUCCUCUUUCCAACAGGCCAGGUAAAAGACGGUUUUGGUAACUUUGGAACCCUGUGGAAGGCGGCGCGUCAAGGUGUGACUGACGCUGUCAAGGCUGGAACAACAAAACCAAAGGUGAUGAUCCAUCUUGACAACGGCUGGAAGUACGAGACGAUGUCGUGGUUCUUCAAGAGCCUGUUCGCCGACGGUAAGGUCACUACGGGCGACGUGGACGUGUUCGGCUUCUCGUUCUACCCGUACUACAACACGGCGGCCACAAUCGACGCUCUGAAGUCCUCACUAACGCAGCUCGCUAACACGUACAAGAAGCCGAUCUACAUCGCAGAGACCGACUGGCCGACAGAAUGCUCAAAGGUCAAACUGAGUGCCUCCUACCCGUUGAGUGCCAAGGGCCAAAGUGAGUGGGUUGCUGCCACCAUCGACGUGCUAGAGAGUCUGCCCGGUGGGUUGGGCGCCGGUAUCUUCUAUUGGGAGCCUGCGUAUCUAAGUGUGGCGGGACUUGGUAGCUCGUGCGAGUCGGCUCUGCUCUUCAGUGUCAAGUGGGAGAAUGGGCCCAAAGCGUACGCCACCGCUCUCUCGUCCGUCAACAUGUUCAGAUAA